AGCCUGUCCCUAGUGAAAAAGCACGACCAGUUAGGUGAUUGAUCUCGAUCACUCUUUUGUUGCAUCUUUCUCUGCAGGUGUCUUCUUUAUAAGGCUCCUUUCUGGGUUCAUUUCCGCCUAUAAAUUCCUUCCAAUCAUAGCAGCGAUUUCAGAUCGAGAGACAGAGAUGGCGAAGCCAGGUUUAACGGCAAUGGUGGUGGCAGCUCUUGCUCUGGUGGUGGCAAUGGUGGCGACACUUGCCCAUGCCGAGGCGGAUGACCCCAAGAAGGUGGACGCCUGGUUCAAUGGGCUUAGCCAUGCCGAUCGCAAGACCACACGCCUCCACUUCUACUUCCACGACACGCUCUCUGGCAGGAACCCCACGGCAGUGCGCGUUGCCGAGGCCACGAUGACCGAGAAGUCCCCGACGCUUUUUGGGGUGGUCAACAUGAUCGACGACCCACUGACCGAGGGGCCUGAGCCGGAGUCCCCCCUCGUUGGCCGGGCACAGGGGUUCUAUGGCUCAGUUGGGCUCGAGUCGAUGGCCCUGCACAUGAACAUGAACCUCGUAUUCACGACCCCGGAGUACAACGGCAGCACCCUGAGCAUAUUGGGCCACAACCCGGCACUCGAGACCUAUCCCGGUGGGACCGGCGUUUUCCGGCUGGCAAGUGGGGUCGUGACGGCGAAGACGUACUUUCUCAACCUCACCACCGGCGAUGCUGUAGUUGAAUAUAAGGUCAUAGCUUUGCAUUACUAGACACUUUGUAGAUAUAUCGUGGCUUGUGUUGUAGUCCAGUCCAAAGGUUAUGGAGGAAAUUACAUCGUUCUUGUUGAGUGCAGAUGCUCUGUCGUUUCCAAUUUGGUUAUGCUCUACGUGCUUCGUGACUUUUCAUUGAUUUUGGUGGUCUGGAAUCUACUUGCGUGGGCUCUAGAUGAACUAUAAAUUGGACUCGGUUUAUCACUGAGUAGGUAAUGUUACAAUGUU